AUGGCGUUCAACCCGGCCUACGAAACUAGGCGCAGAGUAUCAGUACGCCACACCGUGCCAGAAGAGACUGAGUCUGCUGUUCUUUCAGAGUCCCAGUCGCUGUGGGUGGUUUUUAACCCAGAUAGAGUGGAUAACGAUGUGAUACUGUUUUCUACGACCAACCCGCUUACCACUGAAGGGUCAGGUGAAGCUGUUUCUGAUAACGAGAGCGAAGCAAGCCACGAGAGUGAAGAGACAGAUAACGAUGAGCUCAUUGACGAAGUCCAGCCUUCACUUUCGUCUCGUAUAGACCAGUGGCAGAAUGCCACAGAUGCCGCAGCGGUAUCAGAUAACAUAGCAUCUUGGGACUUGGAUUCGGACUUGGUCACCAAGCUCUUGGACACGUCGAUACUCCGGCGGGUGCCAGCGUACUAUGGCGACACAUAUUUUGAAAACAUGUCCAAGGCAGAGUAUAUGCGGUUCAAGAGAGCCAGCGCCAUAUUACGCAAGCUGCUUACCAAGAAAGGUGCUCCGGUUGAUAAGGACUUGAUCACGCGGUUGCUCCAGGUGCUACAGUGGCAGAACUUGCUCAGUACGCUGGGCACUUUGGUCAACGACUACAUUAUCAACACAUUGGCGAGGACCCAGCCUUCGGUCGGUUUCCGUGAUGUCGAGUAUUCCGACACGGCCACCUCCAGCUCCAUGGUGAUGUGUGGCGGAGGCUCCUCGUGGAACGAUAUAUAA